ACCAGGAAAAGGGCGUGGCGUGCGUCACUCGGGUUGAGGAGCCAGGGACAGAAACCUGGACACGGCGUGAGACCUUUCGGACCGGCGGAGACCCGAAGAGGCCAGGAGAGACCCGGAAAGACCCGAGUGCGCGUUUCGCCCGUACGGACCGCGGACCUCAGGCUGAGCCAUUGAAUUUGCCUCUAACAGAAAACCAGGAAGUGACGCAGCAGGUGGAGAGGCAGGUGUGCUUUCUAGCGAGGAUCCCAACAGGAGGUGAGCGGAGGACUGAGCAGCAUGGAAGCCGUGAAGAAGAAGAUCAAAUCGCUCCACGAGCAGGCGGAGGAGGCCAGAGAGCGAGCCGAAAAGCUGCAGAGGCAGGCGGAAGGGGAGAGGAAGAGCCGCGAGGAGGCGGAGGCCGAGGUGACUGCUCUGACCCGCCGGCUGCAGCUCGCCGAGGACAGUCUGGAUCAGGCUCAGGAGAAACUGACUGACACUCUGCGCAAACUGGACGAGGUGGAGAAGACGGCGGACGAGAGCGAGAGGGGGAUGAAGGUGAUCGAGAACAGAGCUCUGAAAGACGAGGAGAAGAUGGAGGUGUUGGAUGUUCAGCUAAAGGAAGCCAAGCGGAUCGCCGAGGAGGCGGAUCUCAAGUAUGAGGAGGUAGCCGGGAAACUGGGGAAGCUGGAAAGACAGCUGGAACGAGCUGAAGAGAGAGCCGAGCUGUCUGAGAGUAAGAUGCGGCAAUUAGACGAGGAGCUGAGGAGUUUCAACCUGUCAAUGAAGAGCCUGCAAGUAUCAAAGGACAAGUCUUCUGAAAAGGAGGACCGGUAUGAAGCGGAGAUCAAGAGUCUGACCAAGAAACUGGAACAGGCUGAGAGCAGAGCUAACUCUGCAGAGUCUGUCGUGGCCAAGCUGGAGAAAACCAUCGACCAGCUGGAAGACAAUCUGGCUGCAGCCAGGGGCGAGAACAUGGAGCUGCAGGCGUCUCUGAAUCAGACCAUGGAAGAGCUCAACUCCUACUGAACUCUGAAGCCCGUCGGCCCCAAACACCCCCGGUGCUUUUCAGUGGGACGCCUUGAAACGUCGUGGCCAAAGGGUUGUGUCACUCCCCCGCGUGCUGGGUGGGAGGAGGCCACAAUCCAGAGCUGCUCCUCUUCCUCCGGCUGGAGACUCCAGGUGUGCAGGGAGGAGCAGCCGCCUGCAAUGAUUCCUGCCUCUUUACAUUCCUCCGACACUUCAACAUGAUAGCUUCACUCUUUGUGUUCUAGGGGCCCAAUCUGUAACCAUUCCCGUGUUCAAUCCCCUUUAACAACGACUCACAACUUCAGUGUUUGAAAUCACCUUUUCUUUUUUUUUGCCAAAACAACUAACGGAACAGGAUGUUGGCUCUAACCGGUCCAUCGGGUCUUUUCCUGGUUGUAUUGGGAAGUCAGCUGCCAAUCAGAUCUGAACGCUUUAUUGCCAAUUAUGUUAAUGGAGGGACCAAUCAGAAGUCAGAGACCACCUUUUAGUUGACUUGAUAUUCCGACGUGGUGGAGUCACCGCCGCUGUCACAGCUCAUUGUAAGACCAGAUUUUGUAUAAUAAAAGCACCAUCUUUAACUCUU